ACUAAAGUUUGAACCGGAUACCGUCACUAUGUCAUGGGUCAAGAUGUGGUUUCAUGUGUAGGAUUACUAGGAUACAACUGAAAGGGGGUACACGUACAGUAUUGAAAACACCAUGGCAGCAGUCGUAGAGCCUUCAAGUGGCUCCCGACACAGCCCAAUGAAACUCCACUUUAUGCAGUUUGCAGCGGGUGGAUGUGCAGGUUUUGUGGAGGUGUCACUGAUGCACCCACUUGAUCUAAUGAAAACGAGAUUCCAAAUCCAAAGGGGACCAGAUGAUCCGAAUCGGUAUACGUCAUUGGCAGACUGCUUCAAGAAGAUGUACCGAAAUGAAGGGGCUCUUUCUUUUUAUAAAGGCAUACUACCCCCAUUGAUGGCAGAAACUCCCAAACGAGCUGUGAAAUUUUUUACAUUUGAGAGAUAUAAAGAUAUGCUUGCAUCUAUUCAAAUCAUCCCAUACUCAUCUAUUUUGUAUCUGGCUGGGUUGUGCUCGGGACUUACUGAGGCAGUAAUCAUAAAUCCAUUUGAAGUUGUGAAAGUCAAACUACAGGCAGAUCGACAUGCUUUUAAAGAGCAAGGCAGCACAAUUGCAACAGCAAGAGAGAUAAUUCGAAAUGACGGAUUUGGACGGCGCGGAUUAAACAAAGGCCUCACAUCCACUCUAGGUCGUCAUGGAGUUUUUAACAUGAUCUACUUUGGCUUUUAUCACAAUGUCCGAGAUUUAAUUCCACAGGCAGAGACCCACAGUCUGGAGAUUGGUAGAAAGCUUUUGAUUGGCUUUGUGUCAGGAACAAUAGCAUCCUGUGUCAACAUUCCAUUUGAUGUGGCUAAAAGCAGAAUUCAGGGGCCACAACCUGUGCCUGGCGAGAUCAAAUACAGGACAUGUUUUAAAACUAUUGCAACAGUUUACAAAGAAGAAGGGUUUUUAGCUUUGUAUAAAGGACUGCUACCAAAAGUACUGAGAUUAGGCCCAGGAGGAGCAAUCAUGUUGCUGGUCAAUGAAUACGCUUUUAAAUGGAUGAAGGAGAAUAUGUGAUAUUUAGAUCAACACAUAAACUAUAAAUACUUUUAUAAGUGAUUAUAUGAUAAUAAAAAAAAAACCAACUAUAUGUGCCAAAUAUUUAUACAAUAAUUGUGCAUGCAUUUGUUGACAAACAUUUUAAUUCAAACUAUGCCGUCUAAAAUGUGUAUAUUGGAUAUUUGAUUAUUGCUGGAUUUUUGUAUAUUUCAAAGAUGACCAGGUAUUUUCCAUUUUAUUUAUCAGUGCUACUUUUUUAUUCAUUGUCUCAAGAUGAUAUUUUGAUUAUAAACAUUAAAAGUAUUCACUAUA